AACUCCGAUCUCAUAUGGGCCGCAACUAUGAUUUCUUACUUAAUCUCAGACUUUUGAGGCACCAUAUUGCCUUGCGUUAUUAGCGUCAAUCCAUCUUGUGUAUGUAGCUACCAAAGGUCGCGAUGAACAGCACUCUUUCUCUAGCAUCGCCAGUCUGUAAAUUUUUCCUUAUUUAUUCUUUUGCACCCACUUCUUGGUAUUCAUAUUGGAUAGCAACUUUUCCAGAUUCUUUGAGUCUCGGUAUGGACAAAAUCCGAAUUGCGGUAGAUUUCACUAUUACACUCUUCAUCCUUUUCAUUUAUCGACUACAGGCUCUGUACCAGAAAGUACUGAUGGUUACUAUUUUCAGCCACAAAAUUCCGUGCCCUAACCAGUUCGCAAGUGUCUUCUCCACACUUGGACUCUCAUGUGAUGUCAGCAGCAACGAGUUCGGGCCACGAUUUUCAUAUGGUUCGUAGAUUAAGCCCGACUAAGAAACUCGUAUCACAGACAGAGAGUCAUAUGACUC